CAAAUUGACCAGCUUCUAAUUUCUCUUCCCGUUUCCCUCUUCGGCUCUUCCCUCCCGCUGCUGCUGUUGCCAGUGCUGCUUAAUUUCACAAAUCAUUAGCUCCUACUUUGGAACGCUAGUAUCCCAACACUGAAAACCAUAACUCUCUUCACAAUGCACUGCUCAAUCUCUGGCGAGGUGCCGGAAGAGCCCGUCCUCUCUAAGAAAUCUGGGCUUCUUUAUGAAAAGCGUUUAAUCGAGAGGCACAUAUCUGAUUAUGGAAAAUGCCCAAUUACUGGGGAACCACUUACAAUGGAUGACAUUGUUCUUGUCAAAACAGGCAAGAUUGUGAAGCCGAGAACUGUACAGACUGCUAGCAUCCCAGGGAUGCUUGGAAUUUUCCAGAAUGAAUGGGAUGCUCUGAUGCUAUCCAAUUUUGCUUUGGAGCAACAACUACAUACUGCAAGGCAAGAGCUAAGCCAUGCAUUAUACCAGCAUGAUGCUGCUUGCCGAGUGAUUACAAGACUUAAAAAGGAAAGGGAUGAAGCAAGGUCAUUGCUUGCACAAGCUGAAAGGCAGAUGCCUAUGUUAGCAACAGCAGCUGCUACAACCAAUGUCUCUGCUAUUAGCAAUGGAAAAAGAGGUGCUGAGGAUGAAAAUUUGGGCCCACCUGGAAAGAGAAUGCGUUCUGGAAUUUCGGCCACCAUCAUUACUGAGUUAACAGACUGUAAUGCAGCCCUUUCACAACAGCGGAAAAAGCGGCAGAUUCCUCCAACAUUGGCUCCUGUUGAUGCUUUAGAGAGGUACACACAGCUUUCCAGUCAUCCCCUUCACAAAACCAGCAAGCCUGGCAUUGUAUCUGUCGAUAUCCAUUACUCCAAGGACAUCAUUGCUACUGGAGGGGUUGAUUCCACUGCAGUACUUUUUGAUCGCGGGUCAGGACAAAUCCUAUCGACACUAAGUGGUCACUCAAAAAAGGUUACUAGUGUGAAAUUUGUCACAGACGGUGAUUUAUUUUUAACUGGAUCAGCAGACAAGACAGUUCGUGUAUGGCAAGGAUCUGAAGAUGGAAACUAUGACUGCAGACACAUCUUGAAGGAUCAUACUGCUGAGGUGCAUGCUGUCACUGUCCAUGCCACAAAAAAGUACUUCGUGACUGCUUCUCUCGAUAAUACGUGGUGCUUCUAUGAUCUCUCCUCGGGGAUAUGCUUGUCACAGGAUGAUUGGUAUGAUGAUCUAGUUCUGCAGGUCUCUGACACUUCAAAAUCCGACACUUCUAAACCUGAGGGCUAUACAUCUGCAGCUUUUCAUCCUGAUGGUCUCAUCCUUGGAACAGGAACCUCAGAAGCUGUUGUUAAAAUUUGGGAUGUAAAAAGCCAGGCAAAUGUUGCAAGAUUUGAUGGACAUGUUGGAGCAGUGACUGCUAUAUCUUUCUCAGAAAAUGGUUACUUUCUAGCAACUGCAGCACAUGAUAGUGUUAAAUUAUGGGAUUUGCGCAAAUUGAAGAACUUCCGGACACUUAACCUUUAUGAUUCAGAUAUACCAACAAACUCUGUGGAAUUUGACCACAGUGGCUGUUACCUUGGAGUUGCAGGCUCAGAUAUAAGAGUUUUCCAAGUUGCCAGUGUGAAAGCAGAAUGGAAUUGUGUCAAAACUCUCCCUGAUUUGUCUGGCACAGGAACAUUAACGUGUGCAAAAUUUGGUCCUGAUGCGAAAUACAUAGCAGUUGGAUCAAUGGAUCGCAACCUCCGUAUAUUUGGCCUGCCUGGGGAUGAAGGUCAAGCGGAGUAAUGAAACAUCUUCAAUUGCUUGAUAUUGUAAGUGGGCUGUUGAUGUUCCUUGCGGUUGCUUUUACUCCUUCUGUUGGGCUGUACUGUUUUGGCUGAUGACACAGAUGGUAGAACUUGAUUUCUCAUCAAUUGUGCAGAGUUGGCUCUUUACCCAAUUUUCUAUUAAUGGAGCCAUGUUCCUAGGUGCAGGUCACCUGAGAUUGAAGAAGUGAAAUUGAAAUAGCUAGUCAGUCUUUUUGUAUUAAAUUGUCAUUGGAACUUCCAUAACAUAGAGAGUUAGAGCUUGCAUUUAAUCUACAAAUGAGAUUUUACUUACUGGGAGAAUGCUUGCUACUUCAGUUCAUAUACUUCCAGAUUUAUAAUGUGUACUUUUAGGUAUUGAUCGAUAAACUAGCUUAUUGGCAUAAUCUUUAUUACAAACAUUUUGCAAA